GAUUUCGAGCACCUGAACAGCACCGCCAUGCACCUCCGGCUGCACCACUCGCGGGGCCCCUGCUCGCCGGUGUCGGUCCUGUCGGACCUCCCCUUCUCGGCGGUGCUCACCCACGACGACGCCCGCAUCGCGUCCCUGGCCGCGCCCCUCGCCAAGGCGGCGCCGGCGUCGUCCUCGGCACGCCCCACGGUCACGGUGGCCUCGCUCUACCGGGCGAACGACGACGCCGCCGUCGACGGCUCCCUCGCGUCGGUGCCGCUGACGCCGGGCACGUCGUACGGCAUGGACAACUACGUGACCCGCAUGGGCCUCGGCACCCCGGCCAAGCCCUACAUCAUGGUGGUGGACACGGGCUCCUCCCUCACCUGGCUCCAGUGCUCCCCCUGCCGGGUGUCGUGCCACCGGCAGUCCGGCCCGGUGUUCGACCCCAAGACGUCAAGCUCCUACGCCGCCGUCUCCUGCUCCACGCCGCAGUGCAACGACCUCUCCACCGCCACGCUCAACCCGGCUGCCUGCUCCUCCUCCGACGUCUGCAUCUACCAGGCCAGCUACGGCGACAGCUCCUUCUCCGUCGGCUACCUCAGCAAGGACACCGUCUCCUUCGGCUCCAACAGCGUGCCCAACUUCUACUACGGGUGCGGGCAGGACAACGAGGGCCUCUUCGGCCGCUCCGCCGGCCUCAUGGGCCUAGCACGCAACAAGCUCUCGCUGCUCUACCAGCUCGCGCCCACCCUCGGCUACUCCUUCUCCUACUGCCUCCCCUCCUCCUCCUCCUCCGGCUACCUCUCCAUCGGCUCCUACAACCCGGGCCUGUACUCCUACACGCCCAUGGUGUCCUGCACGCUCGACGACUCGCUCUACUUCAUCAAGCUCUCCGGGAUGACCGUCGCCGGGAAGCCGCUGGCCGUGUCGUCCUCCGAAUACUCCAGCCUGCCCACCAUCAUCGACUCCGGCACGGUCAUCACGCGCCUGCCCACCACCGUCUACGACGCCCUCAGCAAGGCGGUGGCGGGGGCCAUGAAGGGGACCAAGCGCACCGACGCCUACUCCAUCCUCGACACGUGCUUCGUGGGCCAGGCGUCCAGCCUGCGCGUCCCGGCGGUCAGCAUGGCCUUCUCCGGCGGCGCGGCGCUCAAGCUGUCGGCGCAGAACCUGCUCGUCGACGUGGACAGCUCCACGACGUGCCUCGCGUUCGCGCCCGCGAGGAGCGCCGCCAUGAUCGGGAACACGCAGCAGCAGACGUUCAGCGUCGUCUACGACGUCAAGAGCAACAGUAUCGGCAUCGCCGGCGGCGGCUGCAAAUGA